AUGUAUGAGCGCCAGAGAGUCUGGAGAGCCUGCCAGGCAUGCCGCAAGAAGAAGAUCAAGUGUGAUGGUGAGCAGCCAUGCAGGAGCUGCAACAAGAGUCGGGCGGAUUGCGCCUACACCGAACCGUUCAGCAACAUGCGCAUGGCUGAUCCUCAAUAUGUUAUGAGACUAGAAAGCCGACUUCUGUCGAUGGAAAAGAAGCUCCGAGAGCAGAAUGACAAUCUUGCAGCUGGGUCUGCUGCUGACGUAGCGCCUGCAACCACGGCAUCUACAACUAACGAAAACGGCCAAAGAGAGCAUGUCAAUGAUUUACACCAAAGGCCCGUCAAUGGUCAUGCGAUUCCACCAAAUAGAGAUCACGAAGGAUCUGUGCAUACACAUCGUAAUGAGGCGACUAUUCCAAGUCCCACAGCUUCCCAACAAACACCAGUAAUGCCUCUCGAGGUACUGGAUCCAAUGCUUUAUGAUUGCACUGGCGAUUUUGUCCCCGAGGAAUCACCUAACCCCGAAAGCAAGCUGGAAGAUAUCAGGAGCCUGCCACAGAGUUUGAUCGAGGCGCUGGUCAGCCAAUUUUAUCGCAACACAUAUUCAAUAUUCCCCAUUAUUCGGGAGCCAGAAUUCAGACAGCAAUUAGAUCAAUGGACCUCAUCUGGGGAAGAUGAUAAUGGCUUCGUGCCUGUACUAUAUGCUCUUCUGGCUGUUUCUGCCAUCGUUCUGCCGGCCGAUCACGCUGUCUUCAAUAUACCAGAGGUACAGGGAUACAAGUCGCUCGAUUUGGGAGAUUUAAUAUCCUCACACGCGAAUUCAAAAUUGUCUCUUAAGACCCACAAGUCUGGGAAACUUGCUCGUGCCAACUCAGUAGUUGCACAUGGGCUGUUGAGUCUCUACUUGGCAGAAGUCGGCCAGGUCACAGAAGCAUGGGUAACGGCUGGCCACGCCAUACGACUUUAUCAAGGACUAGACUUGUACGACAGCGCUUCAUCUAGUAUGGGGCCAGUGGAGGUUCAAAACGGACACAGCGCCGUGUGGUGGUGCUUAUACAUACUCGACCGAUCUCUCUCGACCGUGCUUCUCAAACCACUGGCAAUUGACGAUGCAGAGUGUGAUGUGAAUUCUAGCGAUGACGGAGAGAGCCAUAUAUCUGUUUCGGAGGACGAGAUAGACCCCUGGUUUUCCAUCAUAACGGACUUUUAUAUCACCAUGGGCAAAAUUUACAAGUCAGUUCGUUCAAUACGACGACUCCAGCACUCGGACAAGUGCAGCACCAAUGAAAUCUUACAUUCGCGUCUCAAGAAGCAUGAUCUGGAGCUUGAGCAGUAUUAUGAAAAGCAAGUUCUCCCCAACAUGAGACAUACGUCCAACGACUCCCAGCGAAUGGGCCUGCAAACCAUUGCUGUAUGUUCCUACUUCAUUGGUGUGGUCUUGCUAUAUCGCCAAUUCAUCGAGACGUUCCACAUCGAGGAUCCUCAAGUCUACCUUCGCUGCGCAGAGGCUGCAUCCAACUGCAUCAAACUGACACCAAAGGUCUUGGACACAAUUCCUGCAAGCCAUUUCAUAAUCCAGCAGAGCCGCUCAAUAUACGUGAGCGCCAAAGUCUUGCUGCAUUGCACGCGGCUGGCGCGAAAUGAAAAUUUUACCAAAAAAGCCUGGGAUGACGUACAGAUGGGAUUGGAUUUGCUGCGAAAGAUUAAGAUCCAAUGGCCAGAAAUAAAGAAAUACCAGAGGCUCACGGAAGAGGAUAUGCGCCGUACUCGUAUCGAGCUGGACAGACAUGAGUCCUUUUCCAAGACGUUUGAUCUAUUCGGAUCUAUUUCCGGCGAUGGGAACUACACUCGAUUACCUGGCUCUAGCCCAGCCAUGAGUAAUGAAAUGGCCGAUUCGAACACAGACCGGUGUCAUAAACGGAGUCGGCCAGGUGUCGAACUAGAUGAUGCUCACGAUACGCAGUCUCCGCCAAAGCGACAAAAGUCAUUACGGCCGUGUAGUUACCUCAGUCCCGACUUUCCAAGUCUGUUCCAAACAGGUGGAAGCGAGAUGGCAGAUGACGAUUUCACAAUGUCGUUUAUGCUUGACCUAGCAGCACUUACACCAACAACAGCAUUUGCGUCCGCCAACCUAUGCGGCAGGGAGGGCAACUAA